GGAUCAAAACACAAAAUUACCUGUCCGCCGGUGUAAAACGGCCACAUUAAUUGUGGGCUGGUUAUUAGGCAUUUAGCAUUAGACUAUUUAUCUUUUCUUAUAUUUACAUAUUUGCUAGUGCAUCUAUUUUCACAGAUGUUUUGAAAACCUUGAUUUAUUUUAGAUUUUUUAAAAAUUUGAUUGCCACAGACAGUGCAGUACACAACAUUGGUAGCUUGCAUGGAGGAAGAUGUCUAAUUCCAAAGAGGGACUCAAUGAUUCUGCCACGGCCCCUGUGGGAAAGUGCGAAGGAAUGUGCCCAGUGGAUGAAAUCAAACUAAGAGAAUGUGAAGGAUUGUUACAUACUCUAGAAAUAGCCCAAGGAACAGAGAAACUCAAAAGGCCUAAAGCAGAUAAAGAGAAGAUAGUGAAAAUGUUCAGUCGCCCGGCUGCUGGGAGAAGUGACCCCAAACCAAAAGACUUGCGACCACCAGAAGUGUUACACAGAACUGUUAUUUAUCUAGUACAAAGUGUCCUUCCAUCAAAACAGCUGCCAUGGAAUGAAGUGUAUGAUUUUGUAUUUGACCGUUUCCGUGCUGUCCGUCAGGACAUGGUUAUUCAGAGGCUAAUGGGGAAGCGUGCUGUAGACAUAUUAGAGAUUAUGGUCAGAUUCCACAUAUAUGCUGCAUACAGGCUGUGUGAAGAGUCUGUGUUCAACUUUGAUAAGAGGAUAAAUGAGGAACAUUGUCAGGAGUGUCUGAAAAGACUGCUGUAUUUGUACACUACUCUGGACAGUUCCUUCUCCAACAGAGCAGAGAUGGAAAGCUUGUACUUACUGUUCAACCUGGGCAAUGCAGAUGCAAUUCGACAUGCUCUUAAUUUGCCAAAGUCACUAAGGCAAAGUGAGCCUCUUCAGAUGGCUUUUAGAGUAACAUGGGCAUAUCUACAAGCCAAUUAUGUAAGGGUGGUUAGACUGGUGAAGAAACUGGAGUUCUUACAGGCUUGUGCUGUCCACCAGCACCUCAUUAGUAUUCAGAGGGAUGCCCUGCGCAGAAUGAGUGUAGCAUACCACAGUAAAGCCUGUAGGUAUCCACUGGACCAUUUAGGUGAGAUUCUGGGCAUUGGGAGCACGGUCAGUCUACAGGCCAUGUGCCAGCAGUGUGGGCUAACUGUCCAGGAUGGGAAGAUCUGUUUCCAGAGAGGAAAUUUUAAGGAGCAAGAGAAGAAUUCCCUGUAUCCCCUUGAUUUUAUUGACUCCAUGCUCAGUUCCAAGUCAGUAAUGGAUAUCCUUGUGAAGGAUAAUGGAUGAAGUUCUCUGGUUAUCCCAAAGAAAACUCGACCAAAUGAGUGGGCCAAAAAGGACAAGAGGGACAGCUAUGUAAAAUGGAAAGAGCCACCUGUGGAAAGCAAAAUUAACAGACAAGAAACACCCCAGGUUGGAGGAUCUCAGAACUUUAGGAAGCCUUUCCUUGUGAUUCUGAUAUCGAUUUGGUUCUGAUCAAUUAUAUGGUAAUAAAUUUGAGAAUGGAUGGAAACCAAAUUCAUAAACACUGACUACAUGUGAUAAUUCUAGUGGUUUGAAUUCUAGUGGUCAUAUUUGACAGUACAAAGUAAGUUGUUUCUGAUGAGACUAACACAUACAGGUAUUACCUACCAGUGCUACACAAGACAUGACU